AUGUUUUUGAUCAUAAGCUCAAAAAUUAGUGAGAAAUAUAAAUUUAGUAAUAUAAAUGAUAAGAUAGAUUUAACUAUAUAUUUCAUCAAAUAUCCAUUAAAAAGGUUAAGUUAAAUGGACAGACCAAUAGCCUUCCUAUUUGGCUUAAAUCUACCUAACCUAAGAAUUAGCUCACUAGGCUAGAGCCACCUCUUGCGGAUUCCCCAUUAGUUCCGAUAAGCAAAGAAUAAGUAGGAGGAAAAACCUGUUUAGCCCACCUGGAAGGGAUAGGGAAAACCUUCAGGGAAGAAACAAAACUUCCAUUUUCGGCAGGUACCACAAGCCCAAAAGCUUCUUCAAAAAGUGAAAGGGGCACUAUUUUCAGCUUCAUCGGGAUGGGUCCUACCUGCUCCAUAAGGAGUGUGUCUCGGAGUCCAUCUUCCUUCGAAGUCACCAUUUUAUUUCUUAAUAUCCUUUAGGAAUUUCUUUUAUUUCCUCUGCAAAACUGAUUCUCCAAUCUUCAAUUAUCUUUUCAGCAAUAUCUGGACUUAAAAACUAUUUGGCUAAAUAUAUAUUGCCAUUAGUUAGUGAAAUAUCAGUCGUCGGUAUAGUUUAGUGGUAGAAUCUUACGUUGUGGCCGUAAGUACCUGGGCUCGAUUCCCAGUACCGACAUCUUUUAUUUUUUGUCUCUUUUCUUUUUGCAUAG